UUACAGUGCCUUAAUUACCAGGCACCGCCCUGAUGGGCUAUAAAGCUCAGAGAUAGUGAGGGCAGAGAAAGUAUUCCUUUCUUCCUUCCUCUGGUGAGAUCACUGGCCGUCCUCUCCAUCUCAAGGCAGUCCUUUCAGAAGAGCAGGACUACUUCUUGUGUUCACAGAAGUCACCAUGGCCUGGUCCUGCAGCCUGAAGAGCCUCCUCACAGUCUUUGUCUUCACCAUCUUCGCUGUCGGCUCUGUGGAGAGUUACCAGUGUACAGUAUCUUUAUGUGCAAGCGAGUCAUGUUCUUCAGCCACAAAUUUUUGUACAGCCACUAAAGGCUGCUUCAAUCAAAUCCAGAAAUUUGAUACACCAUCUACAGUUACAGACCUUGUGUUGAAGCAAAAAGGGUGUUACCCAGACACAUGCAGUGCACUGACAUUCUCAGCAACACUGGGGGAUCAACGGAGAUUUAUCUAUGAGAACAGGUGCUGCACAACUGAGAAAUGCAACCAAGAGGACAUAAUUCCAUCUUCAUCUUCUGAACCCAAUGGUGUGGAAUGUACUGCCUGCUACAAUGAGAAAGAGAAGUCAUGCUCCUCUGUUACUACCCUGAAGUGCACAGGGAACGAGAAAAAGUGUAUCGAGGUUACCGGCUUGGAUGCACAAAAUUCCAGCUUAAGGCUGUAUGGGAAAGGCUGUGCAACUGAAAACGCCUGCGAUCUGAAAAUGAUUGUCCUCAAUGACGUACAAAUCCAAGCCUCAUGCAUCCAAGCUGUUUCAAACAAUGGGAACCCUGCCCUCAAAUCCAUUUCAUCAGCUCCCAUUAUUCUGCUCCUGCUGAAAGCCCUGCUUUGAUCAUCCAGGAACUGGCAAUCUCACAAUCCUAUGCAUAUGGACCCAUUGGCAUGUUUGGGUGACUGUUUCGAAAACACGGAGCAAAUAAAAACUAGUGAUUACUUCUUGGUUCUUUAAAUAAAAACUUAUAUCCACUUUUGUCUUAUCAGGAAAUAUACAGAGAUGACUAAUUUAACAUUUCCCCUCUUCUCCUUAAUAUAUAGUACUAGAAGUCCUAGUCAAAGUGAUUAGGCAAAUCAAAUCAGUAAUUAAAUAAAUUUAAAACUGAAAGAAAGAAUAAAGAAAGGCAAAAAAAGGAAGAAAGGAAGGGAAGGAAAUGCAUUCAUAUUGGAAAGAAAUUUGUAAAACCACUGGAAGAAAACAUUUGUGUGUAUGUAUAUGCACAUGUGUGCACAUCUAUACAUGUAUGUAUGUAAUGCUGGAGACAGCCCUGGACUUCAUGCUUUCAGGGAAGUAUGGCACUGCUGAGACACAUUUCUAGACCAAGGAAAACACUUUUUGGCAUUAGCCUAAGUGUAGAUUCUUAGUCAGGGUUUCUAAUAACUUGUGUAGGAAAGGGUUUAUUUCAGCUUAUAACUCAGACCACACACUUCAUUGCUCUUUCAUAAUUCGAAUAAAAAGA